AGGGGGGGAGGCCCCAGGGAGGUGAGGCCCAGGGUGGUUAUCCCUGAUCCCUGGGGAUGUGCAGGGAUCCCUGGGGAUCGGGGCCGCUCCAGCAGCCACAGGUGGAUGCUGCUGGAAGUUUCCACACCGGGGCUUCUCGUGGCUCUGGGGGUGCCCCUCCAUCUGCUCGCUCCCCGCACCCCAAAACCUUUCCUUCCUUGGGUGUGCAGCCCUCCCUCCUCCCCGUGCAUCCUCAGCAGUGUGGCCCAUCCUGGCUGGCUUUAUUUUUUAGUUCCUUUUCUUCUCCUUAAACACAGCCAAAGCAUCGGGGGAUUUCUCCCCCCUCGCCCCCAGCAUCAGGGAAGGAGAAAACAAACUCUGCUGUUGGCAAGUGGUUGUGUUGUCCCAGGCGUGGUGGAGUCAGACCAGGAGUUAAAAGAAACAACAACAGAAAUCCCAGCCAGUGUAUUCUGAGAGGCUGCUUGAUUUCCUGCUGUUAAUAUGUAAAUAUGCAGGUGUUUGAGCUCCUUUAUGCCCGACUUUGAAUAUUCACUUAAGGCCCUGACAAACAAAUGGGGUUGUUACCAUCGGUGUGGUUGUUUUCCCCUCUGACUGUGCUCCUGAGCACUUUGUUUAUCCCACUUGCUGAGGUCUUUCGGGGAGUUUUGGGGGACUCUGAUUCACCUUCAUGCUCCAGGCGCUAAUUAAACUGUGGUAACCCGGAUCAGGUGUGUCAACUUGGCUUAAACCGAAGGCUUGAAGUUCGGAUCAUGUUCACCCCCCAAAAAAGAUUCACCAGGCAGGUGGAAAGGGUGUUUUGGGGAGCAGAGACUCCCCUGCUGCUGGAAUACCCUCUCUGUAAAUUGGUGAGGUAUUUCCUCUCUCAGAGGAAAGUUAACAAGGAUAUUGUGGUGAUAAAGCUUGAAAUCAUGGUCUAAAAUACACAAACUCCCCGAAACUCCCCAAACUCCCCAAAAGGGGGUUUUGUGGCUGGGUAGAGCUGCCUGCACCACUGGAGCUGCGGGACGGGGUGUUGCUUGUGGCUGUGAGGGCUGGCAAAUAACUUCUGGGCCACGUUUGCCUCUUGUGCCAGGCUCCUCUGCCAAGCUGGAAGCUGUAGGUCCUGCGGAGGAUUCCCUGGCAGCUCCCCGAGGAGAAGGCUAAUUCCUGCUUAGGAAUGAAAAAAAAACCCCAAAACCCCCAUCUUUCCCUUUUAUAUCUCUUGUAGAAUAUUGAAGAUAAAGGCCCAGUUUCCAAAGUAAAUAAAUUCUUGUGAGAAGCCAAGGAGCCGCCUCUGAGCAAACCUACCAAUCGUGCUGGUGUGAGCGGCCCAGCUGGCUGCCAGCGGGCACUUCCACUGGACAUGGGGUCUCAUGGGCCGGCGCGGUUGAUCAAGAGACAGCAUGGCUGCGACUGCUGCCGUCAGCCCCAGUGAAUACCUGCAGCCGGCCGCCUCCACUGCCCAGGACUCCCAGCCCUCUCCUCUUGCCCUCCUCGCAGCGACAUGUAGCAAGAUCGGUCCCCCCGCCGUGGAAGCCGCCGUGACUCCUCCUGCCCCUCCUCAGCCAACGCCUCGCAAACUCGUCCCCAUCAAACCUGCUCCUCUCCCUCUGGGCUCGGGAAAGAACAGCUUUGGGAUCCUGUCGUCGAAAGGGAACCUCUUCCAGAUCCAGGGCUCUCAGGUCAGCACCUCCUACACUGGGGGGCAACUGGUUUUUGCCAUCCAGAACCCAACUGUCAUCAACAAGGGUGCCCGCUCCUCCGCCAACAUCCACUACCAGGCGGUGCCCCAGAUCCAGACUGCGGGGGGACAGACCAUCCAGGUCCAGCCCAACCUCUCCAACCAGAUCCAGAUUAUUCCGGGAACGAAUCAAGCCAUCCUCACCCCUUCCUCUUCCUCUCACAAACCCGUGCCCAUCAAACCAGCUCCGGCACAGAAGGGUGGAGCUUCUUCGGCGCAGGUCAAGUUGGCCGGUGGCAGCAACGUGACUCUUACCCUGCCUGUGAACAACCUGGUGAACGCGGCAGAGCCGGGCACGCAGGCUCAGAUCCUCGCAGAGAGUCCCUCAAAACCUGGCAAAAAGACUCGAAAGAAGGCCAUGUCCCCCGCCCAACCUGCCACGGUGGCCGUGGCCGAGCAGGUGGAGACGGUGUUGAUAGAGACCACGGCGGAGAACAUCAUCCAGGCGGGCAACAACCUGCUCAUCGUGCAGAGCCCGGGCUCCGGCCAGCCGGCCGUGGUGCAGCAGGUCCAGGUGGUGCAGCCCAAGCAGGAGUCGCAGGUGGUGCAGAUCCCUCAGCAGGCCCUGCGCGUGGUCCAGGCCGCCUCCGCCACGCUCCCCACCGUCCCCCAAAAAUCCUCCCAGAACUUCCAGAUCCAGACGUCGGAACCCACUCCUACCCAGGUCUACUUCAAAACGCCGUCGGGUGAGCUGCAGACAGUGCUGCUCCAGGAAGCCCCAGCCAUGACGGUGGCUCCGUCUGGAACCUCCUGCAGCAGCCCGGUGUCCCGGAGCUCCGGCACGGGGGUCGGUGGUGGCAGCAGCAGCAGCAGCAGCAGCAGCAGCAAGAAACCAGCCACUCGCAAGGAACGGCCCCUGCCAAAGAUCGCCCCGGCCGGGGGCAUCAUCAGCCUGAACGCGGCUCAGCUGGCGGCCGCCGCGCAGGCCAUGCAGACCAUCAACAUCAACGGCGUGCAGGUCCAGGGCGUGCCUGUCACCAUCACCAACACCGGAGGCCAGCAGCAGCUGACUGUGCAGAACGUCUCCGGCAACAACCUGACCAUCAGCGGCCUGAGCCCGACCCAGAUCCAGCUCCAGAUGGAGCAGGCGUUGUCUGGAGAAAUCCAGCCCGGGGAGAAGAGGCGGCGGAUGGCGUGUACCUGCCCCAACUGCAAGGAUGGAGAGAAAAGGCCGGGGGACCCGGGGAAGAAGAAACACAUCUGUCACAUCCCCGAGUGCGGCAGGACCUUCCGCAAGACCUCUCUGCUGCGGGCUCACGUCCGCCUGCACACGGGGGAGCGCCCCUUCGUCUGCAACUGGAUCCUGUGCGGGAAGCGCUUCACGCGCAGCGACGAGCUGCAGCGACACGCUCGCACCCACACAGGUGACAAGCGCUUCGAGUGCGCCCAGUGCCAGAAACGCUUCAUGCGGAGCGACCACCUGACGAAGCACUAUAAAACCCACCUGGUCACCAAGAACUUGUAGGGCCAGAGGCUGCCCCACGGCUCCCGGCCAGCGCGGACAGACCCUGGCGAGGCCACCAGCCUGUGACGCCGCAGCUCUCCCGCGUCCCCAGCCACGGAGAGGAGCCCUCGGGGACAUCCUCCUGCCCUUCCUCCGCUGCCACCAGGGCCCCCCAGGCAGAAGUCCCCCUCUCUGAAAGGUUUGAGGGGCCGAGCCCCCCUGCGGAUGCCCAGGGCCACGGGGUGGCCACCCAGCAGUGGCCCAGUGGUGGCCCAGAGCCUGGUGACAACGUCUCACGGCCACGCAGGAGCCGGGCUUGGAGGGGACCGCACGCUGCGGUGCAGGCGGGUGGGGAGAGGCUCCACAGCACAUUCCUACUUUAUAUUUAAAGUCUAUAAAUAGCUAUAAAUAUCUAUAUAAGCCCCUUUGGAAGGUCCCUUUUUUUCUAUGGAGAUUGUUGCCUUACGCUCCCCCCGCUCCCCGGCACCAACACUGUGUUUUGUGAGCGCUUUUCUAAAAAUCUUUAUUUAAUUUUCCUUUCAGACGCUGCCCAUCUUCUCCCCCUCCUUUUCUCCUAACGUUUCUUUUCCCAUACUGAAGAGCUGCUGGGUUGGUUUUGUUGCUUUUUUUUUCCCUCUCCGACGAUUUUUCUCCCCACUUUUCUGUUUCCAAGCGACGCGGCGUUUCCUUUGGAAUUUUGGGACUUCAGCCCCCUUUUUUCCUCCCCCGUGUGCUGCCCGCCCACCCCCACUGUGUAUAGUGUACAUUGUAUCAUAGAUUAUAUUGCUUUUGUGUUUACUACAUGUUUAAAAAAAACAAACAAAAACAAAACAAAAACAUAUGGCUUGUUAUUUUUGAGCUUUUAAAUUAAACAAAUCCACUUUAUUUUUUAGUUGUAACUGCCCCGGGUUGUUCUCUGGGUUCCGUGACGGAUCUGUUAUCCUUUACUGACUGUAACGGGUUGCCCGCCGUGGGGUCGGCCGGCACCUUUCUUUGCUAAAUAAAUUUAGUCCCCAGAGGCAAAUCCAG